CUCCCACCACCGAGUUAGUAUCUAACCCGCCGACUCCCCCCUCCUUCCAGGCUCGCGCAUCCAAAAACGCCCCCUCCCCUGUCCCUCACCCGCCUCCAGCCGAGCCAACGCCGCCGCCGCCGCCGCCGCCGCACCGUCGUUCGACCCAGACGGCUACCGCCCGCCCCCGCGCGCCUCCCACACCGCCGUGAUCAAGGUCUCCUCCGGCGCCAGCUUCAUGAGCCUGGUCAGGCGCGUGCGCAAGGCGCUCGAGAAGAGGACGCAGGCGCAGGCGUCCACCAAGCGGCUGCCGCUUGCGGCGCGCGUGGCGGCGGUGAAAGCCGCUGCUUCUGCUCCUGGUGCUGGUACUGGUGGUGGUGCCGGCGGGAAUGGCGCGGCGGCGGAGGAUGCGCUGGACGAUGUGGUGCUGGUCGCGACGGGGAAGGCGAUCGCCAGGGCCGUGGAGGUGGGCGGGUUCUUCACCAGGGAGCGCGACCUGCUGGUGCUGGUGCGGACGAGGACGCUGCAGGCCGUGGACGACGUUGUCGCUGGGGAUGAGGACGGUGACGGGGAGGACCAGGUGCGGGUGAGAAAUGUGAGCUGCGUCGAGGUCGGAAUCCGCUGGGCGUCGUGAUGGGGGGUACUGAGUCACGAUUGGUAGAAGGUUACUGUGCGUGGUGAUACCGGGUUGGGGAACUGCUUUUUGGGACGAUUCAAGGAUGGCUCUGCAUGGUUGUCGGCGUUUGGUACAAAAAAUGGAAGGGCGGGAGAUAUCUGGGACUUCAUGGGCGGACCUGCUUUCUUCCAUCACUCGUCUGCUACCCGCUUGGUGUAGGGAAUAUGCAGUAUAGUUGCUAAUAAAAGAAUCGGGCGCAUUCCCCUUUCCUGGGUUCUGCUCUUUUCCUUUUGUUCUGU